AGGUUAUGUAUUGUUUCCCGCCAUUACAUGUUUUUAUAAUACCGCAGGAAAUAUAUUAUAUUCUACGUAAAUUUGAACUUGCUAUCAGGUUCAGGAGUUGCCCAUUAUGGGACAUCUGAAGUAUAUCGAAGUUGAUAACUUCAAGUCGUACAAAGGCACACAGAAGAUAGGCCCUUUCCGGAGGUUUACCGCUGUUAUUGGUCCAAAUGGAAGCGGAAAGUCCAACUUGAUGGAUGCUAUUAGUUUUGUACUUGGAGAACGCACAUCAAACCUCCGUGUUAAAAAGCUAUCCGACUUGAUUCAUGGCGCGCCCGUUGGACAAGCUGUUGCCAAUCGUGCGUCCGUGACAGCUGUCUACGGCGAUGAUGAUGGCGUCGAAACUCAGUUCUGUCGUGUCAUUCACACGUCGUCUUCAGAGUACAAGAUCGACAACAAGGUUGUGUCUGCGGCAGAGUACCAGAUCGCUCUCGAAAAGAUUGGAAUCUCAAUCAAGGCGAAGAACUUUCUCGUCUAUCAGGGAGCCGUUGAGCAAAUAGCAAUGAAGAACCCGAAAGAGAGAACCCAGCUGUUUGAACAGAUCAGCAGGUCAGGAGAGUUGUCACAAGAGUACGAACGUCUAAAGGCAGAGAUGGGGAAGGCUGAAGAAGAUACACAGUUCAAUUACCACAAGAAGAAAGGCAUCGCUGCCGAGAGGAAGGAAGCCAAGUUGGAGAAAGACGAAGCGGAGAAGUAUGAGAGACUGCGCACACAGCUGACGGAGAAGCAGCUACAGCUACAGCUCUUUAAGCUGUUCUACAAUGAGCAGUACAUUGACCACUACCAGGAGGAGCUGCUAACCAAGAGCAAGGAGAUGGAGAAGAUAUCGGCGAAGAAGGAGAGGGUAGAGGAGCAGAUCAAGGAGAAGAAGAAGGACCACGGAAGGCUGACACGCGAGCUGGCCAAGAUAGAGCAACAGAUAAGAGAGAGUGAGGUGGAACUGAACAAGAAAAGACCACUAUACAUUAAGGCAAAGGAGAAGACAGCUCACACUCAGAAGAAAUUGGAGGCUGCAAAGAAGUCGCUGAGAGCUGCGGAGAAGGCAAAGGAAACUCACGAGCAGGAGAUCAAAGAGCUCGAGAAGGAGCUGGAGGAGGUGGAGAAGAAGAAGCUUGAUUACGAGGAGCAGGUCCAGGAGGAGUCGCAGUCCCAGGGUAGGGACAUGACGCUGGAGGACUCCCAGGUUGCAGAUUAUAAUCGCCUGAAGGAGGAGGCUGGGAUGCGGGCGGCGCGCUACCACCAAGAGUUGGAAUCCGUCAACCGGGAACAGAAAACCGAUCAGGACAAACUGGACAAUGAAAUUCGCGUGGUACAACCGAGUGCAUGCGCGGGCGGCCUGAAAGAAGCAGGAGCUAUUGAGAAGUUUACAGCGCUGUUCCCUGGAGUGUACGGACGCCUGCUUGACAUGUGUCAACCGAGUCACAAGCGCUACCAGAUUGCCGUCACCAAGGUGCUCGGCAAGAACAUGGACGCGAUCAUCUGUGACACGGAGAAGACGGCGCGCGACUGCAUCCAGUACAUGAAGGAGCAGCGCGCCGAGCCGGAGACGUUCCUACCACUCGACUUCAUCGAAGUGCGACCUGUUAACGAGAAGCUGAGGGAGAUCCGCGAGCCGCGCAACGUCAAGCUCGUCAUCGACAUCAUGCAGUACGACCCGCCGCAGAUCAAGAAGGCGCUGCUGUUUGCGUGUGGCAACGCGCUCGUCUGCGAGACGACCGAGGACGCGCGUAAGAUGUGCUUCAGCAGCCGCGAGCGACACAAGGCAGUCGCGCUCGACGGCACGCUCUUCCAGAAGUCUGGAAUCAUCUCCGGUGGAGCGAGUGACCUUAAGGCCAAGGCACGCCGCUGGGACGAAAAGCAGGUGAAUCACUUGAAGGCACGCAAGGACAAGCUGACAGAAGAUCUGAAGGAAGCCAUGAAGAAGAAGCGCAAGGAGUCUGAGCUGAGUACCAUCCAGAGCCAAAUUCGAGGCCUCGAGACCAGACUGAAAUACUCGAUCACUGACAGGGACAACACGCAACGGAAGCACAUUGCGAACAACGACAAGGAGAUCGAGCGUCUGCGAAACGAGAUGGUGACCUUUGAACCGCGCGUGCAGCAGAUAGAGGAGCGCAUGGCCGAGCGUGAGGAGAAGAUGGCCGUCGUCAAGGAUCGCAUGAACCGUGUCGAGGACGAAGUGUUCGCUGACUUCUGCCAGUCGAUCGGUGUCGAGAACAUCAGGCAGUACGAGGAGAAGGAGCUGCGUGUGCAGCAGGAGCGAGCAAAGAAGAGACUGGAGUUUGAGAACCAGCGCUCGCGACUCAUGAACCAGCUAGAGUACGAACGGUCGCGUGACACGAUGGAGAACGUCACCAGGUGGCAGAAGAACGUGGAGGCGGACGAGAAGGAGCUGGAGAAGCUGCGCAAGGACGAGGCGAAGCACAUGAAGCUCAUCGACGAGCUGAUGAAGAAACUAGAGGCGCACAAGGCAAGCAAGAUCACGAAGAAGUCGGAGGUCGACGACAAGGAAGGGGAAGCCAACGAUAUUCGUAAGCAGCAGCAGGUUGUGCAGAAGGAGAUCACGGCUCUGCAGAAGCAGAUAACGAACAUGGACAACAAGCUGGAACAGCGCAGACAGGAGCGUCACAGCCAGCUACUCAUGUGCAAGAUGGAAGACAUCAACCUGCCGAUGAAGUCCGGUUCGAUGGACGACAUUGGGGGCGAUGGUCAGAGUCAAACGGACACGCCGUCCAGCCAGGGUUCGGAAAGUCAGAAGCAGAUGUUGGAGAAGAUGAAGCAGAUUGUGCUGGACUAUGGGCAGCUGGAUGAUAAUCACAAGGAUCUGGAGUCAAGCGAUGAGGUAAAGAAGAUGACAGAGAAACUGCAUAAGGAAGUGACUGACAUGAAUGUGCACAUGCAGCGUAUACAAGCACCGAACAUGAAGGCCAUGGAGAAGUUGGAAGGUGUCAAAGAGAAGUUCCAGGAGUCGGCCGAAGAGUUUGAGAAUGCACGCAAGCGAGCGAAGAAAGCUAAGCAGUCGUUUGAGCGUCUGCGCAAGGAUCGCUCCGACCGCUUUAACGAAUGCUUCGAACAUGUCUCUAACAAGAUAGAUGACGUGUACAAGCUGCUGUCGAAGAACCAGAGUGCGCAAGCGUUCCUGGGUCCGGAAAAUCCCGAGGAGCCCUACCUGGACGGCAUCAACUAUAACUGUGUGGCACCGGGCAAGAGAUUCCGGCCGAUGGACAACCUGAGCGGAGGAGAGAAGACUGUCGCCGCACUUGCACUACUCUUCGCAAUUCACAGCUUCAAGCCAGCUCCUUUCUUUGUCCUUGAUGAGGUCGACGCAGCUCUCGACAACACGAAUAUUGGCAAGGUAGCAGAGUUUAUAAAAGAUGAGUCUGAGAGAGCCUUCCAAUGCAUAGUCAUUUCUUUGAAGGAGGAAUUCUAUAAUAGGGCCGAUGCUCUGAUUGGAAUCUACCCUGAAGUGAUGGGGGACUGUAUUGUGAGUCGGUGUCUCACGUUGGACCUCACAGACUACAUUGAUGCACCAAGCCAGUAGCUUAGCAGUCGUACGUGUAUGUGUAGAUUUCAACCGUGUAUGAUGUUUUCUUAAACGUGUAGUACAUUCCAUGUUCAAAUUGUUGCCUUUUUAUGAUGUCUUUAGCAGAGCGCGAUCGGGCCCCGUGUUGUGAUCAUCGAUUAUAUAAGUUAUUGCGUUUGGUGAUGCUGUUGUUGUACCUUUUCGUAAUGUAGGAAUAAAUGUAGUGCCAGUGCCAGAAA